AAGGAGCCUGGUGAUUCCAAGGGAGGGGGGGGAAAAACCCAUAAAAUUUAAAAAAAACAACCCCGCUCAGCGUCCGCUGUCUGCAACAGCAGCUGUCCCCGCCGCUCUGCAAAUCCCAGGCCGGAUCCGCGCAGAGCCGCCGCGAUGGGAGUGGAGGGCUGCACCAAAUGCAUCAAGUACCUGCUCUUCGUCUUCAAUUUUGUCUUCUGGCUGGCAGGAGGAAUCAUUCUAGGUGUGGCAUUGUGGCUUCGCCAUGACUCGCAGACCACAACUCUCUUGGGAGUAACACUAGAUGACCGGGAACCGCCCAACACUUUCUAUGUUGGGAUCUACAUCUUGAUUGCUGUUGGAGCGGUGAUGAUGUUUGUGGGUUUCCUGGGAUGCUAUGGUGCCAUCCAGGAGUCGCAGUGCCUUCUUGGAACAUUCUUCACAUGCCUUGUUAUCCUGUUUGCUUGUGAAGUGGCAGCUGGAAUCUGGGGAUUUGUUCACAAAGAUCAGGUUGCCAAAGACGUAAAACAUUUCUAUGACGAAGCGUUGACCCAAGCACAAGGACAGGGUGACAAAGCACAGAAGGCAAAAACUGUUGUGAAGACCUUCCACGAUACGUUAGAUUGCUGCGGCGCAAGUACCUUCACAGCUGCAGUUUCUUACCUGACUGGUGAAAACUUGUGCCCGGAGAAGAGCCUCACAAAGAUGAUUACCGUGCAAGACUGUCACGCUAGAAUUGAUGACCUGUUCUCUGGAAAGCUGUACCUGAUCGGUAUUGCUGCCAUUGUGGUGGCUGUGAUCAUGAUCUUUGAAAUGAUCCUGAGCAUGGUACUGUGCUGUGGCAUCAGAAGCUCUGUCUAUUGAGAAGUUGAAGGACAGGGGCAGAGCAAUGGUGCCGAAGGGACCCCAAAGUGCCACUGUUCGACCAGGAGAUGCUUCCAAUGAAAGACAAAGAAAAUUAUGUAUAUAAAUAUUUCAGAUAUUACCAUACAGUACUUAUCAUUCUUACUUGGAAGUCUUUUUUACGUGUUUGUGGGGGGGGGGAGUUUUCUGUGUGUUUGUGGUGGAGUUAGUUUCACAUCAGUUUGUGUCUGUCGGAAAGCCGCCACACCAGUAGUUCCAGACCUUCUAUCAAAGAUGGCCGUUCUCUCCCCCCUGCCUUUUGCCACUGUUCCUGUUUUCCUAGCAAGGAACGAUAGGGUGCCAUUCACAGGUUUUAACCUCUUAGAAGGAAUACAAAUGCCUUUGUGUCUUUAUUCCCCCCAGUAUUGGGGAGGGGUUGUUUUUUUUCAGCCCCAGAUAUGUUUUAUGCAAUAAAAGGUUCAAGGUCAGAAUUGGUUUUGUACAUUAGAGUUAGAAGAAGGGAGGAUCUGUGGAGCUUUUCAGGGAGAUGGGGGAAAGAAGCCCCUCCAUGUCGGAAGAGAAGAACAAGUGAACUAUCAGUGCUUCAAGGUCCGUAUUGUACUGCAUUCACUCAUCAUUCUAUCAGCUGCUGUAUACAAGUAGCUCGACUGAGUGAGAGGUGCCAGCAUUUUCUUUCCCACCAUUUCCUACCUUGCUUAUAAACUAUGCUUGGUCUAUUUCUGAGAGUCUGUGGGAGUACAGCAGUCCCUUGAUGCAAGGUGCUGUUUUCCAGUCAUGCGGUUUGCCAGUAUUCCUGUCCUCCAAUGAUGAAUGAAGAGACUUAUUUCAUAAACUCUGUAACUGUAUUCGUUGUGGUCAAUGCAAUCCUUAGAGCACUUUGUUGGUAGUAAGCCCCAUUAAAUACUUGUGUAGGUUUCUGAUUCAAUAGAAGUCGUCGGGCUUCAAAAUGCACAGCUCUGCUUAGGAUUGCGUUGUUAGUUGCCUAGUGUCACCUAAAUAUACAUGAAGACCAAAUUGCAGUUCUUAAAACAUCCGUUCCUGUCCAGAGAUGCCUUUUUUUUAUAUAACUUUUGGAUUUCGUUCCUGAUCUGGUCUAUUUUUGUCCUUUUAAAUUGCUCAGAAAAAUUAGAGAGAAAAAAUUAACAGGUCUGAUACUGGAAUGUUAACGCUUUCUGUAUGCACUCCUAAAACUAAACUCCGGUGUAUGCUUACAAAAUCAGUUCUGAAAUGCAAGUACUGUUUGAUGUCAUUUACUUGGUAACUAUGUAGUAUUCUAAUGAUGCCAAAAAUAUUGAGGAAAUCAGUUAAAUAGUUAUAAUGGCUGGAAAAUUAUUCAUUAAAUAUGCAUUUUUUAAGGAC